GAGGAGAGCAGAGACUGUGGGAGCAACUGCGCAAGAGCUGUGUGGCUGCUGGGAGGUGCUCUGAGAAACACAGGAAGUGAGGUGAGGCGUCACCAGCAGCCCACAAAGAUCUUCCUGGCUGUCCUAGACAGGGCCAAGCAGCAAAUCCCCGGUGGCCUCGGUAAGUGCUCCCUCACCCUUUAUCCUGGGCCAGCCCCCAAGCCUCUCCAUGCUCUGGGGUCUGGGAGGGUUAGUCCCUGCCUGGUUAGGCCAUUGAUAACUUGGCUGUAGCCAGGUUAGUCAGCUUGGGCCCACUCAGUGAAAGAAGCCUACACUCCAAGCCUGAACAGACAGGCCCUCACCUCAGAAGGCUGUUGUUCACCCCAAUUUUACUUACCUUUAACGUCUGGGUGAGACCCUAAUCAGCUCUGCAAAGGGUAACUCCAGGGAAGCCCCAGAGCCCCGGGAAGUGUGGAGUAGGGUGGGAGUACGUGGCCCUCAUAGCAGCUCCUCCUGUUCAUUGACACACACCUCCCCCACCCACCCUUUCUGUAGUGAGUAGUCUAGGAAGAUUGCCUGACACAGGGGUCACUCUGUGGGCAUUGGUGGCCGGAGGUGAGACCUGUGGUCUGUGGCUCAGAGUCAGAGUGAAGUCAGAGAUUCCCCAGGUGAUGGGCUUGAGCUCCAGUUAUACACCCUUGUUCAGUUGAGGUCAUAGCUACCCUGGCCAUGCUCCUCUAUCUCCAUCUCCAUUCCUGAUAACUAACAGGGAUAGGCAGAGCACUUCUUACCAGGAACCCUAGCUAGAGAGGGAAAGGUGGGUCCCCCUAGAGCACGGCAAAAAUGCAAGGCUUGGGGGUUUCCGGUGUGCUGAGUCAACCAGGGAGAAGGAACCCACUAGUGGGCAAGAUCUGCAAGUAGGCUGCAGCUGUACACUGCUCUCGCAGCCAGCCCCCAGUGCUCAUCUCUUCUGUCCCCAGGGCUCUCUUCCCUGUUUCACAGGAUGAGGCCACCAGUGCCUUCAGCCCCACUAGCUCUCUGGGUCCUGGGCUGCUUCUCCCUGCUCCUUUGGCUAUGGGCACUGUGCACAGCCUGCCACAGGAAGAGAGCUCAGAGGCAGCAAACUGGGCUGCAGGACAGUUUGGUACCAGUGGAAAUGCCACUGCUGAGACAGACCCACCUCUGCUCCCUCAGCAAGUCUGACACCAGACUGCAUGAGCUGCACCGAGGCCCACGCUCCAGCAUAGCCCCACGGCCUGCUAGCAUGGAUCUUCUGCAUCCACGCUGGCUAGAGAUGUCCAGGGGCAGCACCAGGUCUCAGGUACCCAACUCUGCCUUCCCACCACGGCAGCUGCCCAGGGCCCCUCCUGCUGCUCCUGCAACUGCACCUUCUACUAGCUCUGAGGCCACUUAUUCCAAUGUGGGGCUGGCUGCAAUUCCCAGGGCCAGCCUGGCUGCUAGCCCUGUGGUGUGGGCUGGAACACAGCUGACCAUUAGUUGUGCCAGGCUUGGUCCUGGGGCCGAAUAUGCCUGCAUCCAGAAGCACAAAGGGACAGAGCAAGGCUGCCAAGAAUUGCAGCAGAAGGCUAAGGUGAUCCCAGCUACUCAGAUGGACGUCCUAUACUCUAGGGUUUGCAAGCCUAAAAGAAGAGACCCAAGACCCGUCACAGACCAGCUGAACCUGCAGGAUGGGAGAACAAGUCUGCCGCUUGGGAGUGAUGUGGAGUACGAGGCCAUCAAUCUCAGGGGCCAGGAUAUGAAGCAAGGGCCCUUAGAAAAUGUGUAUGAAAGCAUCAAGGAGAUGGGCCUGUGAGCAGCUCAGGCCUUACAUCCUGUCUUUAACAUGAGUUAGGAAGAGUACCAAGGCUUCUGCUUCAGGAUGGUUUGAUUGCAGAUCCUUCUGUGUCCUUCCACCUCCACAGCUGGCAGCACAGCUAUCAGGGCCAGUCCUUGAGGCCUAAUUAAACCUCUGUUCAAUAA